AUGGCAAAAGAAGGCCCAGGAGACCAACUCGCUGACAUCGAUGGCGGCCCUCUGGCCAACACGCAGCAAUCUAUCUUCGCACACAUCGAGCGUGGCCUCAUCAAAAACCCACACCAACCGGCCGUGAUUUGCAUGCACCAGCAAGCAAACGACCUCGCGGACUGGGUUGAGCUCGACGACGAGUAUGAGCCAGUCAGAACUGGCAGUGACCCGGGGACGACUUGUCUGACCCUUACGUAUACUCAACUCCAUCGAGGGGCCUUGAAGCUGGUUGCUGGACUAGUCGCAAACGGCGUCCGGCCGGGUUCGUCUGUUCUGUGUAUGAUCCCCAACGGCGGCGAAUAUGCGCUGUUGUUGUGGGCGUGUGCCAUCUUGCGACUGACCCUUUCGGCGGUCGAUCCUUCUGUGAUGAGCAAGGAGAAGGGUAUGGAGCUCCAGAACUACAUAAAAAGCUUGAAGCCGGGGCUGGUGGUUGUCCCCGAUGCAAACGGUGCCAGAGCAGUUAAUACUGCGGCCGCUGCUGAGCAGUUGGAUGUGUCGUCACCGUCGCUCCACCUCCUGAUCCUCAACGACAACGGAGAUGCAUCGACUCCAUCUUCUGAAUGGAAAUACCUACGAGACGUGCUCAAGACAGGCACGUCUUUGAGCAACAACAGCCCAACCUUCGACGAACCCACUCUCCUAGAUGCCGCGCGACGCGACAACCCCGACCGCAUCCACUCCAUCCUCUUCACAUCCGGCACAUCAGGCAACCAGCCCAAAGGAUGCCCCCUGCGCGUAGCCUCAAUGACGCACAUCCUCGAGUCCCAAUCCUGGCUGAUAACCGGCCCAACCAGCGCCCGCGUCCUCCAACAAGCCCACAACAGCCGCGCCAUCGGGCCGCAACACACCCUGCAAACCUGGCGCGCGGGCGGCGCCAUCGUGCUAGCCACGGGGCCCAGCUUCGCCGUGGAGCACACCCUCGAGGCGAUGCGGCGCCACGCCGUGACCUUCGUCGUGCUCUCGCCGGCCAUGGUGCACGCCUUGGCGCGGGAGCCGGCUGCUGCGCGGGACGCCGUGCGGGCGGUCCAGGUCGGCGGCGACGCCGUCGCCCGGGAGGUGCUGGUGCGGUGCGCGGCGCUGUUUCCGCGGGCGCGCGUGUGCGUCAACCACGGCAUGAGCGAGGGCGGCGGGUUCUUCGUCUGGCCCUUCUUUGACCGCCCGAUUGGGGAGGUCCUGUACUUUGGGGAGAUCUGUCCGGCGGGGGAGGUCGCUCCGGGGGCGCGGGUGCGCGUCUGGGACGCGGCGGCGGGGAGGACGGCAAUGAGAGGGCAGCCUGGGGAGUUGCAUGUCUGCUGCGAGAGCUUGAUUCGCGGGUACCUUGGCGGGGUGGACGCGUCGGCUUUCUAUGAGGAUGGGCUGGGCGUGCGCUGGAUGAAUACGGGGGAUGUUGCCGUGGUGAGUGAGGACGGAUUGGUGUACAUUCUGGGGCGGAGCAAGGACGCUAUCACGCGUGGCAGCAUCGUCAUUAUUCCGGUUGCGCUGGAGAGCUGCGUUGAGAAGUAUACAGGUGCACAGACCUCCGUCGUCGCAGUUCACCGUCCCGAGGUUGGUCACGAGCCAUUUGCGGUGCUGAGCAGUCUGAAAGGCUUCACCCCAAAUCAAAUCAUAAACCACGUAACAAGCGUGUUUGGUGAGGGGUAUGCCCUCCAUGGCGUGGCCUCCCUACAGCAGGUUGGCCUCGCCGAGUUUCCAGUCAAUGCAACGCACAAGAUCAUCAAGCUUGAUGUGCAGAAGGCCGUGAUGGAGUUCAUCAAGAUACAGACAGUUUGA